AUGGCAACAUCAGAGCAUCAUCAAGAUAUUGAAUCCAAGGUCGUUGCUGCUCCUCCACCACCCCCUCCGGUGACGGUGAGCAAUCCAACCAUUGCCAAUCCUGGUCCUCUUGGUCUCAGCUCCUUUGCUUUGACCACAUUCGUGCUUUCCUUACAUAAUGCGAGUGCUGGUAUGCCAAAUGGAUCUCCUAGCAACGUUGUUGUUGGCCUUGCCUUCUUUUAUGGUGGUCUAGUACAGCUGCUCGCUGGUAUGUGGGAGUUCCGUACAGGCAAUACAUUUGGUGCUACAGCCUUUUCGAGUUAUGGCGGCUUCUGGUUAUCGUAUGCCAUCAUGUUCAUUCCUGGUGCCAAUAUCCAAGGAGCUUACGCUGAUUACCCUGGCUUGCUUGAACAUUCAUUGGGCAUCUACUUGACAUCAUGGGCUAUCUUUACUGCCUUGCUUUUGAUUGCUUGCCACCGUUCUACCGUUGGCUUGGUGACGUUGUUCUUUUCCCUUACCAUCACAUUCAUCCUGUUGGCAGCCGCUGAUUUCAACGAAAGUGCUACCACCAAGGUAGCUGGAGGUGCCUUUGGUGUUGUCACAGCUAUCAUCGCUUGGUAUAAUGCAUUGGCUGGCUUAUUGACCAAGGAAUCCUCCUACUUUACCUUGCCAGUUGGUCACUUGUCGUAA